AUGUGGCUGUGGAGACUGGAGAUUCUGUGGUUUGUUAUUGGUCUAACUUUGUUCAAUGCCGGUUCCAUCAUGGUGCGUGGAACUGAUGAAGCUGAUGGUGUGGUAGAAGAGAUUUCUGCUAAUCCUGAUGAAGAUGUGAGCUCUGUUUCUGAUGACAAAGUCGCUGAAACAGAAGUGGAUCCUAUUUUGAAGCCAUCACCUGAUGCACACGUAGCAUUUAUAUUUGUCCAUCCUGAAAAUUCGAAGAAUUUGCCUGGUGGUAGACGUGUCGAGUUUUUGAUGGGAUUUCAAAAUCGUGGUGACAAGGAUUUCAUUAUUCGAUUUUGUGAGACAUCUCUUCGUUACCCACAAGAUUUCAAUUAUCAUAUACAGAAUUUCACAACAAUGCAUUACAAUCGUGUCGUACCAGCUAAACAAGAAGCUACUUUUGGUUAUGCUUUGUAUCCGCCAGAUCAAUUUGCCGGGCGUUCUCUUGGGCUUGUUGUGGAGCUACAGUAUGACGAUCAAGAUGGGAAAGCUUUUAGAAGCGCAGUUUUCAACGAAACUGUCAUGAUUAUUGAAGAUGAGUCAAGUUUCAACACGGAAACUGGAUUUUUAUAUAUCAUAUUUGCUGCUGUUGUGGUGCUGAUAUUAUUGGCUGGACAGCACUUCCUUUCUAAGCUUACAAGAAAACAUGGAAUGGCAAAAAGCCGGCAAACACAACAAAUAGAGGUUGGAACGAGUAAUAAGGACGAAGUGGACUUUGAGUGGAUUCCACGUGAAGUCCUUAAUCACAGUAAAAAUUUUAGAUUCUUUGAUAAAAGUCGCCAAAGCCAGGAUCACCUCGACAACGGAAACAAGCACAGCGAAUGGAUUAACCAAAUAAUUUGUUUAUUCGUCCUUGGUAGUUUUAAAGCAAUGGAUUUUCAGUCCAAGAAUAUCAAACAACUAGUAAGUGAUGAAUUUCAGGGUGUGGAAAACAAAAUGCAUUUCUUUGGAGAAAUGCAUACCAAAACUAUGGCACUUUUAAGUUCUAAAGUAGCUAAUUAUGGAUUGCCAAAUGUGGAUGACGCUACAACCUCACAAACUGAAGAAAACAAGAACGCGAAUACUGAAGAACUCGCAGUUUCGAAUAUGAAUGCGUCUGCGCUACUAAGUUGUUUAUCGGAUUUAUACGAAGCUGAAAAGAAAAGUGUCGUCGAUGGAUUUGUUGAAGAAAAUGCUGAAAUUAAUUUGUUAUACAAUUGUAAAAAAACCAUGGAUCAGUUGAAGGAGUGUUACGAUAAGUGCAUUGAGUUGGUAAAUGAGUUGCGAGAUAAUUAUGAAAUGGUGACUGAACGAACAUCUUCACUCCACAAUGCUUGUGAUCAAAUGAUGGCAUAUCAGACUCAAAUUGCUGCUGGUGCAGAACAGAUUCGAGCUAAUCUUUACUAUUACACGCAGUGCGAAUCCAUUAUGAAAAAACUGAAUAAUGAAAAGUUUGCAAUUACGGGUCAGGUUUUUACUCAAAUUUUAUCUACAAUAGAUGAGUGUUUGAAGUUUCUGCGCAGUCAUAUUCACUACAAAGAGUCGGCGGUCCAUAUUUCAAAAUAUGAACAGUGUUUAUCAAAGGCAAUGACAGUAAUCAAAAUGGGUGUAAUAGCCGAUUUGGAAGCGAGCCACAGUGCUGUAAAGGAUAAAAACAUGCAGUUGGACGUUGAUAUUCAUCAAAAUGCUUAUGCGGAUGAUGAUACUUUCGCACUGCUAUAUGGUGUUUUCGCUGCCCGUGCCAACUCAGUUCGAUCAGCGCUCAGUGUCGCAGAACGCCAUUUUCGAGAUGUUGCAGCAUUUCAAUUGAUGGUAUCUGACUGUCAACAAGUUUACUUCACAAUACGAAAUCAAAUGCUUGAACCCGUAAUAAGAAGUACAAUCACGGAUCUAAUGAGUAAGCAUGGUAGUAGCUCGUGCUCAUUCACUCGAACUGGUUGCUCGUUUUUACUUCGCCUUUGUGAUGAUGAAUUUCGUCUCUACAAACAGUUCUUCUCUACGAAUGAUGAAGAAGGCAGUGGCUCUCGAUCUGUCUCAGCUUCAGUCGUAUCAAGUCCACAUGCAUCAGUUUUAGCUCCAUUUCUCUCAUCGACUACAUCUUUUGAUGAUUUCAUUGAAUCUUUGUGUCAUAUUUUUUACGAUAUUUUACGUCCUAUCGUUAUACAUAAUCCACACCUGGAAACUCUCACUGAACUAUGCACAAUUUUAAAAGUCGAAAUGAUUGAAGAACGUUGUGGAUUAAUGCAGUCCAUGAUGUCCGUGAAACAAUUAAUGGGUGAAGCAGAUUCUGGAUCAGUGUUGUUGAAUAAUUCCGAUGAGUAUGUGUCAAAUUCUCGUAACGGUUUUGUUCGUAUUAUGUCCGAAUUAGUUGGUGAUGUAGCUGAAAGAAUUGUUUAUCGUGCCUGCUUAUUUGCUCAGUCAGACAUAAUUAGUUUUGUUCCAUCCAGUGGAGAUCUUGCUUAUCCGGAAAAACUAGAAAUGAUAAGAGAGAUCGAGAGAGAACAUAGUUUGAAGAAGGAUGAUGCAAAUUCAAAUUCAUCUAUUUCUGCCAUUGAUCUUCAUUGCUUGUGGUAUCCAACCGUGCGUCGCACUGUACUUUGUCUUUCAAAAUUAUUCAGAUGUUUAGAGCAGUCAGUGUUUCAAAGUAUUGCACGAGAGUUAUUGUCAGCAUGUUGUCAGUCACUGGAAAAUGCAGCCGAACAAAUUCGAAAUAGUUCUCUUGAAAAGUUUUCGCGUUCGCGACGUUCUUUAGAUGCUGAGUUGUUCAUCGUGAAGCACUUGUUAAUACUGCGAGAACAAACAAGUCCUUAUAGAGUGGUUGUGUCACCUGGAAGUUCAUUCUCUGAUGCUAUCCCUGUGCGUGAUUACUCCCUCGACUUUAGCAAAUACAAAAAUUCUGCUUCACAGCUUUUUCAAGACUCACGCAGAUGGUUCGAGCUGACGUCAAAUAAUAUUUUUCUAGAGUUUUUAUUAAAGGUUCCGUUAGCUGUUACAGAAGUAACUGGAGAUAGUCGGCGAAUCAUUGACUCGCAGUUGAAAACUCAUUGCCACAGUUUGAUAAAUAUAGCUGGUGAUAUGAUCAUUUUAGAAUUUGCUAAUUAUAUUGCCGAAGCCGAGAAAAUGGUGACCGCAUCUAAUUCUGAUCUUUCGAAAAAUGAUUUUCUAAAAGCAAACAACAUGCAAGAUUUUGUUGGUCAGGCAAACAAAAAUUUAACACAUUUAUGGCCAGAGAUUAAAAAGUGUAUUAAUUUAUAUAUCGGUAUGAAAGAAACUGAAGACGUUCUUUUACAACCAGUUAAAAAGCGAAUAAUUGAUGUUUUCACUCGUGCUGGUGUCGUAGCUGAUAAACUUUAUGAUGAGGAACAAAAACAAAUAGCAGGGCUUCCCACUCAAGAACAUAUAUGGUUGUUGAUAAAUGCUUGA